AUGAGCGAAAGUACUAGGAAGAAAGGAUUUUUUAAAAAUUCAGCCAGAAGUAACUUUUUUGCAACACAUGUGCUCAAAAACGAAACAAAAAAGCCGCAGAAAAUAACAAAACCAAAAAAAGAACUAACAGGACCUCAAGCGAAAUUAAAUGAAAUUAUAGCAGAAGCUACUGAUUUUAUCUUUAAAAGUGCUGAAACGACUGUAUCGACUCCGUUUGAAAUUAACUGUGUAGCUUUUUCUGAAGACAACCAAACGAUUUUUUUUGGAAGCAGCAAUGGAAAUCUUACUCGAUUUGACAAAAAGGAUGGAAAAAUCUGUGAUGAUGUCCCGCUAGGAAGGUAUCCAAUUUUUGGAAUUUGCUUGGACGAAGCCAAUUCUAAAGUAUUUGUAUGUGGGGCAUCAAAUAAUGUGCAAAUUGGCAUGAAUAAGUGUUAAAAAAUAUCAUUGGUAUAUAGGAAGUAGAUUAAUCGAAUCAAGUGAUUAUAGGAUAUAUCUGUUCAUAAGCUUCCUAGACUUGAACCUCUUCAUGAGUUUCGAGGCCACAAUGACCAAGUAAACCAAAUGUCUCUAUCAUCAAACAAAGAAUUUCUUUAUUCAGCAAAAGAAAUAAAAUGGCAACGUCGAUGGAACAUGGACUCCGAGACACACUCCUUAUGGAGGAGAGAGAACCCAUCCCGAUGAGCUGAAAAUAGUGUCUCUGUCACUUUUUGAAGCAGGCAAAGGAUUUGAGAAUGCCUUCUGAAGAGAAAGUUAUAUUUUUCCCUGAAAGCUUUCCCUGUCCCUACCAAAUGGGCUAGACAGAUUUUGCCUCCACUUAGUCUUUUCUUAUCGGGACUGGGCAUCCGCAAGAGGUAGCUCUAAUCUAUAGAGUUAAUUCUUAGGCUAGGUAGGCUUACGCAGAUAGGCAGGCUAAUGGUCUAUCUGCUUAUAGCCUUAUAAUACUUAACUUACCUUUAUUCAGCAAGCGAAGAUUUUACAGUUAGACAAUGAAGCACCAAACUAAAGGGCAAAAGUGAAGUUAUUUUGACCCAUGAAGGUCCAGCAAGAUGUUUAUGUGUAACUCGUGAUAAUAAGUAUGUUUUUAGUGGAGGCGACGAUAUGGCUAUAAAAAUCUACGACAUUGAGUUCAAAGAAGAAAUGCUGAGUUUGCAAUCUCAAGCUAAAAGUAUAUGAAGUUUAGCUUGCAAUUAUUCUUCCACAAUGCUUGCUUCUGGAACAGAUGAUGGUACAAUUGUUAUUUGGAAUAUCCUGGACUUUACCCCAAUUACACUGUUUACUGACCACUUAGCAGGAAUUAGGUCUCUUGUUUUUAGCCCUGAUGACUGUUUUUUAGCUUCUGGCAGUGGAGAUUCUAAAAUUAAAGUCUGGGAUCUCGAUAAAGAAAGAAGAGAAGUCACUCUAACAGCUCACACAGGCUCGAUUACUGAAAUAGUCAUAUCCCCACAACAAGAUAUCAUAAUUUCAGCCUCAAUUGACAAAAAUAUCAAAAUCUGAGGGUUUCCUCGCUUUCUUGAAGAAGAAGGCUUCAAACUGUUAGGAAACGACUUUUCAAGCAUCAGUUUUACCCCAAAAUCAGACUGUGUCAUUUCUUGUGGAACUGAUAAAGGCAUAAGAUUUUGGGACCCGAAAAAUGAUGAAGCUACAAUUUUGCAUAAAUCUUAUGGGGCUGGGCUUUCAAGCGCAGUAUCUUGGGACGAAAAAUACGCAGCAGUUGGGGAUAAUUUUGGAAAUUUAUACAUUUUUGAUUUAAAGAAAAAAUCAUUAAAGCACCAUAUAUUGCCUAAAGAUGGCCACAUGGGACCGAUAAGAGACAUGUGUUUUUCUUUUGAUUCUGAUUAUUUGGUUACCGGUGGAGGAGACUCAAAAAUUAUGGUCUGGCAUGUAAGAGAGAUGGAAAAUAAUAUACUGUGGGGGCAUCAGCAAAGCAUUUGGUGCGUUUGUAUUAGUCAUGAUGGAGAAACGGUGGCUUCUGGAAGUGCUGAUAAGACACUCAGAGUUUGAAAUUUGAAAACGACUGACCAAAGAUACUGCAUUCAAGCGCAAGAAGCUAUAACUGCUAUAAAAAUAGACAAAACUGACAUGUUUCUUAUAACUGGAGGGCUUACAGGGACUGUAAAAAUAUGAAACAUCGCUGAAAGAAAUCAAGAGUCAGUAUUUGAUAAACAUACUGGGCCAGUGACAGGAAUUCAUAUAUUAAAUGAUAAUGAGAAUAUACAUAAAAUGGCGUAUGGUGACCGACCCGUCCUCUCAGUGAUGGUAACCCAUGUAUAUCCGGGCAUGAUUUUCAGAAGAAGCGACUUAGCCCAGCAAUAUCUGGACCCUGGUGGCGACCGGGGACAAACACAGACCCGCUGAUCGUGUCCAGAUCCUAGGGCAGUUAGGAGCAUCUUCUUUUUCCAGCAGCGCCCAAGCCAGUGGGUGCCCGAAAUGGAGCAGGGCGACUUAUCUGCUCAAGCUGCUACUGUGGUCUACCCCGAAUCGCGGAAGCGAUCGAGGAUUUUCUCAAGCGGAUAAGCUGGGAAAAGGGGAGGCAGAUCAGACGACCAAGGAGGCGGUCUCUCCAGUCAAAAGGGCCCCAAAUUAAACGGGGCGAUCUGGCCAACCGGAGGCAAAGACUGGCGUAAUUCGGGGCGGAAGGCUGAGUUGGAAAUGGUGGUGCCCGGUGACGGUCGGAGACGACCCAAUAGGGCAACCCACUACCGAGAAACCAGGGGUUUCGGCCUGGGCUCAGAGAACCAGUGAUGGAAGUCCAUCCUUUUCGCUCGUGCCGGCACGGCUCCUUAAGGAGCGUGGAGGGAAUGCCACGCAUGGAAGCAGGGACCUUAAAUACAUAUCGCUUAAUUAUUAUUAUAAAUGAUAAUGAGACCUUCUUUAGUUCUUCUCAAGAUUAGAUUAGAUUAGAUUAAGCCGUUUGCCUUGCAGGGCUGGGGAUUCUCACCCCUUCACGCUCAUCGCCCCUGAGGAGCCUCGGCAGACACCCUCCUUGUUGCCUCAAACAAGGGAUUCGCACCACCAGUCUUGACUUCCAUGGCUUCUGGAGUCUAAGGGCCAACCACCUGGGUCGAAACUCCCAGUUUCUAGUUGGGCAAAUACCGUCUUCAGGGUCUGAGGGUCAUAUUGCCCUCAAACAUUGGCCGACCUUGCCCUUUCCAAUGAUUGUCCUGGAGGAAAAACUCCAAGUCCAAGAAUUAGCUCCUCGGGCUCGAAGAAAACCCAGCCCGAACAUACAUAAAGUAUUACCGGCCCCUUUCCGCCUAGAUCUCCGACACUGGGCCGUUGCCUGCUGAUGUUGAAGAAAUAGGGUCGAGAGGUCGGGUGGUCUGUCGUCACCAUUUUUAUGUAUAUGUUCUCAAGAUAAAACUAUUUAUAUUUACUCAUUGAAAUACAGGAUCCCGCUUACUUUCCUUACAAGGAAACAGCCAAUUUUUUCAAUUUCAGUGUCUACUGAUGAAAAAUAUUUGAUUACUGGGGAGCAUGAAAUUAUUUAUAUGCAGGAAAAUCCAUUGAAUUCUAAGGCUGCAAGAAUAUUAGGCCCUGAAGAAAAUGUCCAGAAAUUCCUGACCUAUAUGAAGUCGCUUCUUAGUGACCUUCAUCCUAAGCACGACCCUUCUAUGGACGAUUUCAUAAUCCUGCCUCAGUUCUUAAACACUCUCCAUUUUUAUACAAGUGGGAACCACAAAGACCACUUAAAAAUUUCUCUUUCUCAAAACACAGCUGCAAUAAUCCCAUCAAGAGAUGGCUUCCACCCUCUUUCUAUAUGUCUAAUGAAAGAGCUUAAAACUGCUCGUGACGAAGUCGUAAAUGCUUUUUGUGCAAUUGGCAAAAAAAAUCCUUUUAUUUUACAAAUGCUGGAAGAUGACUUAAUAGAAAUGAAUAAAAAAAGUUUCGGGAAUUUAAAUGAGCUUUAUAAUGUUUUAUACCAAGAAUCUUAAUCUUAAUCUUAAUUAUCUAUAACGCUUAACGUCCACACUAAGGGGUAGCCAACUCCAGAGCUGCCACCAUAUUUAUCCACGUGUCGGGCCCAGAAAUCGCUGGAUCGAUCCCUUUUGAUCGCCAAGGCACGGAUAAAUAAGGCGUUCCGGCUUCGACGGGCUUCGCUGCCACCACGGCUUUGUUUCGACUCAGCUCCUGCGCGUGUUCCGCCUGAGGGUCCAUCUCCCUUGGGAUGUGCUGAGGGUAAAAACUCCAGAUCUUGAGCGCACUGAGGAGCAGUUUCCUUUGGUUUUCCCCAAAGUUAAACCGCUAUUGCUGUGCAGAAGUUCUUGAGGUGAAAACCCAACCCCAUAAAUAAAAUUGCUUGAGUGAGAGAAAGUUAGCGGAGCUAACUUCGCUUGAGCGAAAGCCAUUUUAUUUAUUUUAUACCAAGAAUCAGCCAGAAGGACUUUGCCUAAAUUCUGCGAUAAAAGUGUGGAUCUGCCAAUUGUUCAUAUUUCUGACCAUUGCAGAGUCAAGCCUGAAGAUUUUUUAAAUGAAACACAGCUGUCUUCUCAAGGGAUGGGAAUUUCUUGAAAUGAAAGCUAUGUUAGAAUUCCGCUUAUUAUGGGAAGCGCUGACAGUAUUGAUUUUCUUGAAUCUUUAGCUGACUGUACAAAUUUAGAUGUGCUUAGAUGUGAAUUUGUGCAAGAAAUAAUUAGAUAUAAAUGGGAAACAGCGAAAUAUACAAUGAUGUAUCAGGGAUUAAUGUUUAGCUCUUAUAUGAUUUUGCUGUGUGUUUAUACUGCGUAUUAUAUGGAAAAUGUGUAUUUCCAGACAGGGAUGUUUAUAACAAACAUUUGUUUGCUUUGUUAUGAGUGCUAUCAGCUGAUGGUCAGUGGGGCAAGCUAUUUUACAGACUAUUGGAAUUAUGUGGACUGAGCAAGAGGCUCUAUGAUGUUUUCUUAUAUCAUUAUUGAAUGGUUCGAUGUGUGGGUAGACCUUAAUGCUUCAGUUUUUGCAAUGGUCACUAUUCUAAGCUGGCUUCGUGGGAUCACAUAUUUCCGCUUAUUAACUACAACUCGUUACCUAAUUAACUUGAUUUUCCAAGUGGUUCAUGAUAUUUCUGGUUUUCUCAUAGUUCUAGCAUACAGUACUCUUGCAUUUACAUUUAUUUUCAUUGUGCUUGAGCGAAAAAUGGAAAUCCCUGUCAUGCUGGACUAUUUAAGUUCGUCAUAUUUAUUAGUGUUUGGGAAUUUUGAAGGAGAAGACUACAAUAUAAUUGAAUGGACUUGCCUUACCAUGGCGCUUAUAAUACAGCCAGUUAUCAUGCUAAACUUAUUAAUUGCGAUCAUCAGUGACACUUAUGAUAGAAUUCAAAGCGACUGUGUUGCUGCUGACGCAAAAGAAUUAAUAGAUUUAAUUAUAGAAGUAGAAGGACUGAUGUUUACCAGACGAGAAGUUAAGGCAAAACAUUAUUUUCAAGUGUGCAAGGAGCAUGAAAAAGAAACUGAAGACGGAGGCUGGGAAGGACAAAUUAGGAUGCUUCAAGCUUCAAUUGAUAAAAUUAAUGCAGCGACUCAGUCAAACGGAGAGCUAGCAAUGAAUAAAUUAAGACAGCAAGAUAAAAACUUGAUUGAUCAAAAUAUUAAGCUGGAUCAAGUUUUAAAAUCGAUGAAGAAAUCAUAA